AUGCCCCUUGCUAUUGCCAUCGAAAUGAUCCAAACCAUGUCUCUCAUUCACGAUGACCUUCCCUGCAUGGACGACGAUGACCUCCAUCGUGGCAAGCCCUCCAACCUCCGUGUCUUAGGCAAGCCCAUCGACAUCCUCACCGACGAUGCCUUCCUCACCCUUGCCUUCGACCACCUCGUCGACCCCACCUCCUAUCUAGUCGAUGAUCUCAUCCCACCUGCCCACAUCGUCUGCAUGGUCGCCAAGCUCUCCCGCUCCAUCGAGCUUGAGGGGUUGGUCAUCGGUGCAAUGGUGGACAUCGAGUCCACAGGGCUGAUCGAGCUACUACAACGAUAUGCUAGGCGUAUUGGAUUGCUAUUCCAAGUAAUAGAUGACAUCCUCGAUGUAACCCAGUCAUUAAAGAAGUUAGGGAAGAUGGCCGGAAAGGAUCUCAUCAGUGAUAAGACUAUAUAUCAGAAGCUCAUGGGGUUGAAGGAGUCGAGAGAGUACAUCAAGGAGUUGCUAAAAAAUGCAGUGAUAAAUUAA